CGCCGGAAACAAUGGCGCCACCGGAACCACACGACGUCUAUCUUCCGCCGAAGAAAACGAGUUUUCAGAAACUCAAGCACAAAUUGUUGGAGGUUUUUUUCGCCGACGAUCCCCUACACAAAUUUAAAAACCAAACGCGAGUAACGAAAUUUAAACUUGCUCUUCAGUUCGUCUUACCCAUUUUCGAGUGGGCGCCUAAUUACAACGUCGCCCUUCUUUGGUCCGACGUCGUUUCGGGUCUUACCAUUGCUAGCCUUGCUAUCCCUCAGGGAAUAAGUUAUGCAAAGCUUGCAAAUCUGCCUCCUGUGAUUGGCUUAUAUUCAAGCUUUGUGCCACCAUUGAUAUACGCUGUAUUGGGAAGCUCUAAACAUCUAGCGGUGGGUCCAGUUUCUAUAGCCUCAUUGGUGAUGGGAACAAUGCUAAACGACGCCGUUUCUUACUCAUUGCACCCGGUUUUGUACCUUAGAUUGGCUUUCACCGCUACAUUCUUUGCUGGCCUUUUCCAAGCUUCUCUAGGACUACUUAGAUUAGGAUUUAUAAUUGAUUUCCUAUCGAAGGCGACACUCGUUGGUUUCAUGGCUGGGGCAGCAGUCAUCGUCUCGUUACAACAAUUAAAAGGGUUACUUGGAAUCGUCAAUUUCACUAGCAAAAUGCAAAUAAUCCCCGUUUUAUCAUCAGUCGUAGCGCAAAGAGACGAGUGGUCUUGGCAUACUAUUGUUAUGGGCUUUAGCUUUUUGGCCUGCUUACUAGCUACUAGGCAAAUUGGCAUGCGAAAACCGAAACUCUUUUGGGUAUCAGCAGCAGCUCCAUUGGCAUCAGUUAUUCUAUCAACAGUUGUAGUUGCUCUUUUUGAAUCAAACCUUACUACUAUAGCAACUAUUGGUCAGUUGGACAAGGGUGUGAACCCACCAUCAUCAAAUAUGCUAUAUUUCCAUGGCGAGUUUCUCGCCGUUGCUGUCAAAACCGGUGUUGUUACUGGAUUAUUAUCGCUCACGGAAGGGAUAGCGGUUGGAAGAACAUUUGCGGCAUUGAAGAACUACCAAGUAGACGGAAACAAAGAAAUGAUAGCAAUCGGGCUUAUGAACAUGGUGGGUUCUUGCUCAUCUUGUUACGUCACUACAGGAUCAUUUUCGCGAUCAGCUGUGAACGAAAAUGCAGGGGGACAAACCGCAAUGUCGAACAUAAUAAUGUCGUUAACGGUGCUUGUGACACUUUUGUUCUUGAUGCCUCUUUUUAAGUACACACCAGAUUUAAUACUGGCUGCAAUUAUUGUUACUGCUGUUAUUGGACUCAUUGAUUAUCAAAGCGCAUUUCGUCUUUGGAAAGUUGACAAGCUUGAUUUCGUGGCUUGCUUAUCGUCUUUUCUUGGUGUUCUAUUCGUCUCGGUCCCUGUUGGGCUUGCCAUUGCAGUAGGAAUCUCGGUUUUCAAAAUUUUGUUACAUGUGACGCGACCCAACACGAGUGUCUUAGGAAACAUUCCGGGCACUCAAAUCUAUCAAGAUCUUGAUCGAUUCCGAGAAGCUCAAAGAGUGCCUUCAUUUGUUAUACUUGGAAUUCAAGCUCCCAUUUACUUUGCCAAUUCUACUUACCUAUAUGAAAGGAUAUUGAGAUGGUUAAGGGAGGAAGAAGAUUGGAUUGCAGCCAACGCGGGCAGUACGUUAAAGUGUGUAGUCAUUGACAUGACUGCUGUGCCUGCUAUAGACACGAGUGGGCUCGCGAUGAUGAACGAGCUAAGAAAGACGCUUGAAAACCGAUCUCUUCAGCUUGUAUUGGCAAAUCCCACAGGAAGUGUGAUGGAAAAGCUACACCGGUCGAAUAGUUUGGAGGCGUUUGGGUCAAACGGUUUGUAUCUCACUGUCGGUGAAGCCGUGGCCGACAUUAAGUUAUCGUGGAAGGCUAAACCGUGAACCGAAACUGUUAAUAAAUUGCUUGUUGUGAAAAGAAAAUUAGUUUAACCAAAUCAAUAUAUUUUUAGCCAGUUAUGUAAUUUUCAUCUAAUUUGAUUCAAAUCAAG